AUGCAGAACCAAAGCGUUGUGACUGAGUUUGUGCUCCUGGGGUUCUCACAGAAUCCAAGAGUUCAGAAAACAGCAUUUGUGGUAUUUCUGUUGGUCUACAUCGCAACGAUGGGGGACAACAUGCUGAUCGUGGUGACCAUUGUCUGCAGCCCUGCUCUGCUGGGCUCCCCCAUGUACUUCUUCUUGGUCUUCCUGUCAUCUCUGGACGCCUGCUUCUCCUCGGUUGUCACCCCAAAGACAAUUGCAGACAUGCUCCGUGAGAGGAAAACCAUCUCUUUUGAAGGCUGCCUGAUGCAGGUCUUUGGUGUACACUUCUUUGCUGGGGAGGAGGUGAUUGUCCUCACAGGCAUGGCCUAUGAUCGCUGCAUGGCCAUUUGCAAGCCCUUGCACUACUCCUCCAUCAUGAACAGGAGGCUCUGCUGUGUUCUGGUGGGCGUAGCCUGGACCGGGAGCUUCCUGCACUCCAUCAUCCAAAUUUCCUUUACUUUCCACCUGCCAUUAUGUUGCCCCAAUGUUAUCGAUCACAUCAUGUGUGACCUGUAUCCAUUACUGAAGCUUGCCUGCACUGACACACACAUCUUGCGUCUUUUGGUGGUUGCCAAUACUGGGUCUUUCUGUAUCUUCAUCUUCUCUAUGUUGCUUGUCUCUUAUGGUGUCAUCUUGUUCUCUCUGAGAAAGCACAGUUCUGGAGGGCACAGGAAGGCUCUCUCCACCUGUGGGUCCCACAUUGCUGUCAUGGUUCUAUUUUUUGUUCCAUGCAUUUUUAUGUAUGCACGACCUCCAUCUGCUUCCUUCUUUGAUAAAGUCGUAGCCAUAUUUUGCAUGAUGUUAGCUCCUUUGCUCAAUCCUAUGAUUUAUACUUUCCGGAAUAAGGACAUGAAAAAUGCCAUAAAGAAAUUGUGGAAAAGAUUGAUGGUACUUUCUGAUGAAAAAUAA